AAGGUUCACUACAACUAUACGCCAUAUAGAAGUCUUACGGUUCUUACUGUUCAGAACAUGUGAAGAGACCAAAGGAGUCCUACAAGAAUUUCACCUGGAAGUUCUGCUAUUGGUGCUGUUCGUUAGGAAGCCUGGCUAUUGAUGGGUUCCCAAUUUCAGUGGUUGACAGCUCUUCAUGUAUUGACUUUUCAACACAUACCAUGUCUGAUCACAGGUCAGUUUGUAAGCUCUCUUCCUUAUACUUCAGUCACUGGAAUCAUUGGAGAAGGGGUUGUGCUGCCUUGCCAUGUGGCAGCAGAGCAUAUUCCUGAGAUGUUUUCUGUCCAGUGGAUAUUUAAUGAACAAUUGGAAAAAAUAACUGUGAGCAGAUAUGAUGGAAAAAGCAAAAAAGAGAUACAAGAUGAGAGAUAUCGAGGCAGAACAGAAUUUUUCCACAGUGAAUUUAGAGCUGGAAACAUGUCUCUGCACUUGAGGAAUGUCAAGAACUCUGACAAAGGAUCGUAUACUUGUGUGGUCUCUUUUGACAACCAGUACCAUGAUGUGCUCAUUGAACUGGAAGUGGCAGCUAGAGGUGGUGUGCCUUCCAUUUUCCUGAGAAGUCAUGUGAAGCAGGGCAUCAGCCUCACUUGCCACACAGAAGGGUGGUUUCCUGAACCGCAGGUGAUUUGGUUGGAUGGUCGAGGACAGAUCCGGAAGGAGCUAUCAACCACAAAGAUAAUGAUGAUGCCUGCAGGCCUAUACAGUGUUGCAACUUCCAUGAACCUGGAACAAGGAUCUGACAUGGAAGUCUCUUGCAUGAUAGUCAACAAUCUGCUAAACACAACGAGUGAGUCCCGAGUCCUGAUUUCAGAUGUUUUCUUUCCAUCCAUUUCCAAAUGGCUAGUUGUCUUCCUGGUAAUUUUAUGUCUUAGCAUGGUCCUUAUUUCCUCUACAUUUUGUAAGCUGAGAAGUAACCACAAGAAAACAGUAAAAUCAAUAAGAGGGAAGAUGGCAAUGGAAGAAGAAAAGGAACAACUGAAGUCAAUGUUAGAGAGAGAGAAAACCACAAAUAAAACAGCAAAGUCUAUACUCAGAGAACGCUUUGAUCAACUUAACGCUGAGUUGGAUUUCUGGGAGUCUCAGAGCCAUGCAGUACCCAUUACCAUGAAUCCAGACGGCCAAGCCUUAGAGCUCCAAGUGCCUGGAGCGCUGGACCCCAAGAGCAACACCACCUCUGAAUCUGCUGAUCUGAGCGCUCCCUCCACAGUCCGCAUCCUCGUGGGGCAGGGAGGGUUUGCAGCCGGGAAACACUACUGGGAGGUGGAGGUGCCGCAGCAGCAGGACUGGGUGCUGGGGGUAGUGGAGGAGAAAGGGAAACAUGCCGCGGGAGGUAUACUUCCCAUGGAGGACUACUGGGCUCUGCACAGAUCCCAGGGAGAACUUGUCUCUAGCAAAGCAGAUGUUAGGAUUGAGAAGAAGCUGCUGGAUUAUUCGGUGAUUGGUGUGCUUCUGGACUUGGAGGAAAGGCAAGUCAAAUUUUACGAAGCAGUGCAGAUGGUCCUCCUGGUAACAAUCCCUAUAAGUCUUGGAAAGGAAGUUGCAAAAAGGUUUUACCCCUUUGUACCCAAGAGGGAAAGUACACUCAAACCUUUUGUUCUCCAUCCAGUCAGAAUACCUUCUGUUUUGGAAAAACUGUGAAAGGAAGUGUUGAAUCUAGUGGAUUGUAGAAUUAAAGCUCUCUUUCCAGAAGAGGGGAAGAGUAAGAGAAUAAAACAUCCAAGACAUUAAUAACUAUAAAAUAAAGGGAGCAGGAUCAGGGAAUAAAAUAGGAAAACUAGAAAAAUGUUGAACAAUGAAAGAAAGUUGCAGUGUUUCAAAAAUAGAAAAAAGUGCAACUCGAAACAAAAGUUUUUUUAUAAAUAUUUGGAAUCUCAACUAAGAGAGCAGAAAAAUUCUAUAAUGGCUAAAUUGGGGUGGAGGAUACUCUAAGUUGGCCAAGAGAUGUAUCAACCAUUACAAAAAAAUGUGGUAUAGAAAAUAACUCUGGGACAAAUAGAAAACUUCCUUCAUUGUUCUUUCUGAAUGAUCUAACAACAAUAGAUAUGAAGUAAAUGGAAGCUUGAAAUAAAAAAGGAAAGGUAGAAGAGUCUGAUUAUUCAAUUUAUCAAUUCAAAUCAUUAUUGUUAGGAGAAUUUAACCUCCUGCAUUUGUAGAAACCUUGAUAUAUUCUCUGUUGUCUCUUUAACUGGAACAUGGUUAGGUGACAAGGGGCAGGAGGGUUUUUUGUUUUUCUCUUGACACUUUGAUGUGGUUCUUACUCAACUCAUUCGUGCUCUAGGGAACUCUGACAACUUUUUGAUGGAAAUACCCUUCAGCCCAGCACUGGCCUCCCCAAGGAAAUCUAUCAAUUGUUACUGGUAUAGUUAAAGGAGUUAUACUUCCCCUGUCUAAGCUGACAGAUUCCUGUAUCACUCUUUACAUUUAAAUGCUAUUUGUCAAGAAUGCAUUAUGUUUUCUGACCUCCUGAAAGUGUAAUAUAAAUUCCUGGGUGGAGACUCAACCUAGGGGGUUUUUUGAACUGUCCUCACCAUAAACUUGAACUGGGCCCUUGUUGCUGUCAGUCAGUCCUGGCAGUAAUAACACACAAUAUUAACUGAUUUUAAAAGAAACCUGCACUGUCUUACCUUGAGUUUCAUGUGCUACUUUUUCCAUAUUAACUCCAGCCACUUGAGACAUCUGAUGAAUCAAAAGGAGUUAAGUUAAAUCUAAGCAUUAAAAAGCAACCAUGAAAAAAGAGGGAAAACAUGUGACUAAAUACUUGAAGGUCUCAUUAAACCUGGAAAUGUUACACGAACUCUUUAUAAUAAAUUAUAUGUAA